UGUUAAAUGUUUACGUGUUGUGAAAGUUGUGAAAUUUAUCCAGAUGGUUAUUUUUAAUGGAUUAAUUAAUUAAGUUCUCGAUCUUCAUUUUAGUAUUUAUUAAUACACAAGGACUAGAGGACUAUUAAUUAUUUUUAGAGACACAAUUAGAGUUUUGAUAAUAAUAUUUUGGAUUAACCAUGACAGUCUCACCCCGUCAUUUAGAGUGGCCCGUGGUUAAAUGAUUGAUAUUUAUCUGGUGACAAGGGCAGGAAGCUUCCAGAAAUUCGACUGUUAGGCGUAUUUCAUCAUUUCUUUGCGUUUCCUCAUUCUGUAUAUUCUACCUUUUUUGUUCAAGUUACAUAAAUAAACAUAUCCAAGUGUCAUCAAGAUGGUUCUCGCAGAUUUAGGAAGGAAGAUUACCUCUGCUCUCAAGUCUUUGAGCAAUGCUACAAUCAUUAAUGAAGAGGUUUUGAAUGGAAUGCUCAAAGAGAUAUGUGCAGCAUUACUUGAAGCUGAUGUUAACAUCAGACUGGUCAAAGCGCUGAGAGAAAAUGUCAGGUCUGUGAUUGACUUUGAUGAAAUGGCGGGAGGACUUAACAAGCGCCGCAUGAUCCAGUCAGCUGUUUUCAAGGAGCUUGUUAAGCUGAUUGACCCCGGUGUGAAAGCAUGGCAGCCAACAAAAGGAAAGAACAAUGUCAUCAUGUUCGUCGGUCUGCAGGGAAGUGGAAAAACAACCACAUGUACAAAGCUUGCAUACUACUAUCAGAAGAAAGGCUGGAAGACCUGUCUUAUAUGUGCCGACACAUUCCGAGCUGGAGCAUUUGAUCAGCUUAAACAGAAUGCUACCAAAGCCAGAAUUCCUUUCUAUGGAAGCUAUACUGAAAUCGACCCAGUGGUACUAGCUGCUGAAGGUGUAGACAAGUUCAAGAAUGAGAAUUUUGAGAUUAUUAUAGUGGACACUAGUGGACGACAUAAACAGGAAGCCUCGCUAUUUGAAGAAAUGUUGUCUGUGUAUCAGGCUGUUCACCCAGACAACGUGGUGUUCGUGAUGGAUGCUAGCAUUGGGCAGGCCUGUGAAGCUCAGGCAAAAGCGUUCAAGGAGCAGGUGGAUGUAGGGUCGGUGAUUAUAACAAAGCUGGACAGUCACGCGAAGGGAGGUGGUGCUCUCAGCGCUGUUGCAGCCACCAAGAGUCCUGUGAUAUUUAUAGGUACAGGAGAACACACAGACGACUUUGAGCCUUUCAAAGUGCAGCCAUUUAUCAGCAAACUUCUGGGAAUGGGAGAUAUUGAAGGUCUUAUAGAUAAGGUGAAUGAGUUGAAACUGGAUGAUAAUGAAGAAUUAAUGAAGAAGCUGAAACAUGGGGAGUUCACUCUUCGGGACAUGUAUGAACAGUUCCAGAAUAUCAUGAAGAUGGGACCGUUUGGUCAGAUCAUGGGUAUGAUCCCUGGCUUCAGCUCAGACUUCAUGACAAAAGGCAGUGAGCAGGAGUCGAUGGCUCGACUGAAGAAACUCAUGACCAUCAUGGACAGCAUGAAUGAUGGAGAGCUCGACAGUUUGGAGGGGGAAAAGCUGUUUUCUCGACAGCCUCAGCGAGCUCAGAGAGUUGCACGAGGUGCUGGGGUGUCCACGAGAGAGGUCAAUGAACUGUUGGCCCAAUACAAGAAGUUUGCACAAAUGGUGAAGAAAAUGGGAGGCAUCAAGGGACUUUUCAAAGGCAAAGGUGGUGACAUUGGCAAAAAUGUGAAUCCUGCCCAGAUGGCAAAACUGAACCAACAGAUGGCGAAGAUGAUGGACCCCAGAGUUUUACACCAAAUGGGUGGAAUGCAGGGUCUACAGAACAUGAUGCGACAAUUCCAGCAAGGUGCUGCAGGCAAAAUGCCUAACAUGUUUCAAUGAUAAGAAAAAACCCACCUGUCUUAUCACAGAUCUUAAACAUUCAAUAGGGAAAUGGAUAACACUUGUUUAUGCAAUAUUUAUUAUCGGUUAAUACCUUUGAAACUGAAGGACCGAAUUCUCUCACCAUGGUUAAGACACGGAUUGGAAAAAAACCUUAAAAUCGUAAGGCUGAAUGUAAGAAAGGUAUUAAUACCAUGGUCAACUUUAACUUUUCUAAAUAACUGUGUAUAUUUAUUAAUUUACAAUAAACCUAGGUGUUGAGUAACAUGCAUUAUUAUUUGUCCACAUUUAAUACUUGUAUGCAUGUAAAAUAAAAGCAUGAUGAUCACUUUCAGUAAA